CCCCCCCGGGGAAGGUCCCUCAGCGCCAGCAGAGCCUCGACCCCUCGGAACCCCCCCCCGGAACCCCCCCCGGAGCCGCAGGAACCCCCGCGGGACCCCCAGAGCAGCCCCAAAUCGGAGCCCACCACCCCCAAAACCCUCCGGGCGGGGCCGGGGGGGUCCCCCCGGGGGGUUUCCCGGGCCGAGAAGUGCGCGGGGCUUCACAUCUCGGGGCCCUUCUCCGUCACCGUCCCCCUGCACGUCACCUCCAACCUGUCCCGCCUCACCCGGGGGCUGCCCUGCCCCGUCCUGCUCCGGGACACCCCCGGAACCGCCCCCCCGGGACCCCCCCGCCACCCCCGGAGCCGCAGCGGGGACAGGAGGAGCCGAGGGGAUGAGGGGACCCCCCCGAGAACCCCCCGCGACCCCCAGAGACGCAGCGGAGACGCGGAAGAGACGCGGCUCUCCCGGGAGCUCCGGGAUUCCUUCGCCUUCCUGGAUAAUCCCGAGGAAACUUGGGAUGUGGGAACGGCGGCCGCGACCCCCGGGAGCGGAGACGGGACCCCCGGGAUCGGAGAUGGGACCCCCGGGAUCGGAGACGGGACCCCCGGGAUGCGGGAAGGGACCCCCGGGAUCGGAGAUGGGACCCCCGGGAUGAGCCCCGAGGGGUUCCCGGCCCUGGAGGAGGGGCUGGAGAGCGGGUUCAUGAAUCCCGGGGAGCCGCCCCUGGAGGAUGAUCCCUCGGGAUUCCUUUCCAUCGAGGAAUGCACGGCCCGGGCCAUGGACGAGCUUUUCUUCCUCACCCCCCCCGACGGCUCCGAGCGCGACUCCGACUCCGACUCCCCGUUCCUGAGCUGCCCCGACGAGCUCGACCCCCCCCUGGGGGCUUCCCCGGACACCCCCGGGGGGGCCCCGAACCCCCCGAACCCCCCGGACAUCCCACAGAUCCCGGAGAUCCCGGAGAUUCCGAAAAUUCCAGAGAUCCCGGAGAUUCCAGAGAUCCCGGAG